AGGAAGGAAGGAAAGGAGGAAGGGAAGGAGAGGAGGACGGAGCAGCCAGAGGAGGACAGGCGCGUUUGUUUCCCGUGUGCUGCUUAUUUCAUGUGGAAGCAAAAGAAAAGUAUACUCUCCUUCUGAAACGGAUCCUAUUUAUUCUCCCGGUUCGUCAUGUGUACUCCGUGUUGUAUCACGCAGCUGGCCUGCUGCUGUGGCUCAGCAGCUUGCUCCUGCUGCUGUAACUGCUGUCCCAAGAUCAAACAGUCCACAGGGACCCGGUUCAUGUACGCCCUCUAUUUCCUGCUGGUCACCAUCAUCUGUGUCAUCAUGAUGUCACCCACUGUGGAAGAGGCAUUGAGACACAAUAUCCCGUUCUACAGUGAACUUUGUCUGAAGUUGAAUGCGGGAGAGAACUGCAAGACUUUGGUUGGUUAUUCUGCCGUGUACAAGAUGUGCUUCGGCAUGGCCUGCUUCUUCCUAUUCUUCUCCAUCUUUACCAUACGAGUCAACAACAGCACAGGCUGCAGGGCGGCCGUACAUAAUGGGUUCUGGUUGAUAAAAUUUAUUGUUCUGGUGGCGUGCUGCGCUGGAGGCUUCUUCCUCCCAGAGGAGGAAACCUUUCUUGAAGUUUGGCGCUAUGUAGGAGCUCUAGGUGGUUUCUUUUUCCUGCUUAUCCAACUCAUGCUGUUGGUGGAGUUUGCACACAGAUGGAACACAAACUGGAAUUCAGGAGUCAAGUAUAACCGUCUGUGGUAUGCUGCUCUGGCCUUUGUGACUCUAACGUUGUUCAGUGCUGCAGUGGGGGCCUUGGUCUUCAUGGGUCUGUUCUACACCCACCCUGAGGCCUGCCUGCUGAACAAGAUCUUCCUGGGUAUCAAUGGCAGCCUUUGCUUUGUCGUGUCCCUGCUGGCCAUCUCUCCCUGCAUACAGAAAUUGCAGCCCACAUCAGGCCUGCUGCAGCCAGGAGUCAUCAGCCUGUAUGUCAUGUACCUCACUUUCUCAGCCUUCUCCAGCAAACCAAAAGAAAUGCUGGAGAUAAAUGGUGUGAACACAACGGUUUGUGUAUUUUCCUUCAACUCUGGUUCAGAGAGCGACAAGAAGAUUGUCACUGGUCUGGGAACUGCUCUCCUAUUCGCCUGUGUCCUUUAUUCUUGCUUGACGUCCACCACCAGGCGAAGCUCUGCAGCUCUUAGGGUGUGUAGGAACAGCGAGCCAGAAACUGAGAGAGCCCGAUGCUGUUUCUGUUUUGGAGAUGACACAGAUGACUAUGAUGAGGAGAAGACUGGUUCAGGCCAGAAUGUGGUGUAUGAUGAGAGAGAGGGAACCAUAUAUAGCUAUGCCUACUUCCACUUUGUCUUUUUCUUGGGCUCUCUCUACGUCAUGAUGACCGCCACCAACUGGUUCCACUAUGACGACCACAAGAUUGAGAAGCUGUUGGACGGGAGCUGGUCGGUGUUCUGGAUCAAAAUGGUCUCGUGCUGGGUUUGUCUAAUCCUCUACAUGUGGACCCUUGUGGCCCCAAUGGUCUGCCCAAAACGCUUUGAGGCCUAAGGACACACAUCUCAUAUCAGGCACCUGUGAUUCUUGGGAUGUGGGUGUCAGGCUUCAAGCUGAGCCAAGGGACCACCACAACCCGCUUUACCUUGAAACACAACCCUACACUACCCUCAGUGUUCCAAUGGAGGAUUAUCUGUUGCCUUUUCUUUUAUAUUCUAGUGUUUGUGAUUCUUUGUUUUACAAUGUUAAGCUGUUAAUACCUUGAUGGUAAUUUUUUCUUAUUUUUUACUACCACUGGCUCCUGGAGUUUUGUAUUACUUAAUCAGAGUUACAGAGCCCUGAUAAUAUAGAUUCUCUCUUUAUGCCCAACUUGAAGGUGAAUUUUCUAAGUACUUCAUGUUUGUGCCAUCUUUUAAUUCUCACUUUUUCUCUCAGCCAGGCACUUCAGUCCUGCAGUUGGACUACAAGUGGUAGCGAGGUUUGGGAUAAAUUUUAUUUCACCAUAUUUCAUAGAUGUUGCAGAAGAAAAUGUAUUUAAGCAAGUCUUUUCACAUAAUCAUUUUGUGAAGGAAUGAUCAGUUCAAUUAGAUAAAACUGAAUUGUUUAAAAUGUCAUCUCUCAGGCUUAUAAGUAACCUGUAUAUGUUUGUGCUUUGUUAUAUUGCGCCCUUUUGUAGAAGUUUUCUAUGCAAAGCUUUUUUCGAUAUUAGAUACCCUGUGUUGUGAAGUGUCCGCUUAGAUCACAAGGAUAAUUUCUCAGAUUUAGUUAAUGUCAGAGCUCCUUUUUGAGCCAGAUCUUUUGGAAGGAAAAUCCAUUCCAUCUGUACAUUUCCUGUUUUCAUUUACAUACAGGGCAGUGCUCUUCAAAUCAACCUGCCUUACAUGAAAGUGACGUUAGUGGAAAGCCGCCUCUCUGGAAGAGCUGCAGUGACACAGAUAAGGAAUUUUUGCCAAAGGUAGAUGCCAGAAAACAAGCAACUAUUCUAUCAGAUAUAUUUUCUCUGUAACAGACUAAACUAAGUCAAAGCAUUAUGAAUUUACAUGCACAUACAGACACUAAAAUCAGCUGUUUUCUGUAGAGGGUCUUUGCCUUGUCUUUGUUACAUUUUUAGCUUAUAAUGGCGGUCAGAAUAAGGUAGCAUGAGUGCUUUUUUUGAGUUAUUCAACACUGGAUGUUGAGUUUACUGCCGAAUUAAAAUUCACACUUCGACAUUUCCGUAUUCACCAGUUACUUGUGUAACUGAUUUUUUUUUUAUUGUAUAAAAAUACAAUAUCUAUCGCACUGUCAUCCUCAAGCCUCUAAUUUUCUCACUCAUCAAAAAGCUUGUUUUUCUGUUGUCUAAUUGUUUUUCUAACAUGCUUUAUAGUAAAUUAUAUGUACAUUUUGGUGUCAUCUGAGAAAAUUGUCCUUUGUAUUAUGCUUUAUAUAUCUGCAAAUUUUGUCAUGUGACUUAUAAUUCUUGGUAAUACUGUAUUUCUGCAUUUAGUUAUUGGUAUGAAUGUAGAAAUUUAAUGGUGCUCAGCAGCUUUGAUGUCAAACAAGUAAAUCUAAGUCAGACAGCAUCCACUGUGAAGGCUGUAUACUACCAUAACAUACAGGGACAUUUUCAUCAAGUAGUAUAUUUAAAAUCCAGAGAAGUGGGUGCCAAACAGUUGGUUCACAUUGUUCAUACUCUUUCAAUAAAACAUCCAUUGAACGCCA